AAAAAAAAACUUUUGGGCUGAAUCUUAGUCUGCUAUAAAGCUAUGAAAGACAUGCAGGAAGAGAAGAGGAUAAGCAUUGAGUUGAGUUGAGUCAACAACUGCUCUCAGGCGUAAUUCGUAUCAAUUUGGAUGACCGAAAAAUGAUAAUGAUAGUGAAACCCUUUUCGGUUCAGCGAACAGGAAUAGUCCCCUUAUUCAAUUGCUGCUGCUGUUGUUUGAAACCAACAAGUUUGGGUCUGAACAAGGCCUCAGAACUCAAAGGCUGGAGUAAAAGCAGAAGAGGGUUGGUGAUGGUGGCUAUAGGCUCAGUGGUUUUCAAUUUUGACGGUAAAUGGGCAAAUGGGUUGGACAUGGGACUGGGAAUGGUGGCCCCGGGCCAGACAGUGGAGGAAGCCCAGAACGGUAUAAGAGACCAUAUUCUUGCUCUGUUGCAGGUCAAAGAUUUGAUAGAUUCACAGUCAUGGCGGGAAGCUCAGAAGGCUCUAAGAAAGAGCUCUGCUUUUGUCAAGCUGGAUUUGUAUACCAUUAUUCAAGCUAGCCCUGCAACUCAGAGGCCUCAACUCAGAAAGCUCUAUUUUGAUCUCUCCAACAAUGUCUCCAAACUAGAUUACGCAGCAAGGGAUAAGGAUGCAUUUCGUGUGUUGCAGUGCUACGACAACAUUGUAGUGGCUAUCAAUGACAUCUUAUCCAGAAUUUGAUCCAUUUAUAACCACUCCGUAUACAUCAAUAGGUAGGAAUUUCUUGUUUGAAAGAACUAUACAAUCAAUAUGGUAAGAUUGGAUAUAUCUAUAUAUUUGAGUAAUGAAGAUUAUUAGUACUAA